CACAACUUGUCAGGUCUUCUUUGCUACUCCACUGCCUGUAGCCAGCUUUACACUGAUCCUUACACUUGCUACUUUUGGAGAGUUUGAUAUUGACCACAUCGUGACCCAAGGAACUUUGUAAGAAUUGGCAGAAGGAUAAACCUGGAUCGAAAAUUCAAUCGACUGUCGGAAGGUGUGUGUGAGAGGGGGAGCGCGGUUUUGGUUCUCGUUCGUGAUCGAUUAGACAGCGACCAGUUGACAGUGAUUUAUCGACGGGUGGCCGUGGCAAUAUUUCAGGCCCAGAUCCCGCUGGCGACACGGUCCGUUUUUCAUACGCUGGAACGGGAGGAUAGUGUACAGAAGUUGAUGGUCAAACGAUCCAGUCAAUUUAGAGAUCAGAGCCGUUGACUUAACGCAGGAGUGGCACCCCUUGUGAGGCAAAACAUUACAAGGCAGCUGGAAUAGUUCAAAGGUCAAGUCUUUUGACGUCACAGGAUAACUCCAAACCCAACGGACAUCUUUCUUGUAAUGACUCGUUUAUCGUGAGAUCACAUCAACAACAAAAUAGCUCGGCCAGAGCGAGUGGUUACAAGCUCCGCAACGUAAGUGAGAAGUUUUCUUCCUAGACUUUGUGGUGCCAGAUACAAACUAUCUGGUCCCGACGUCACAGAGAGUGUGACAUUUUGCAUGCAGGGCUGAGAGCAACAGGCGCUAAUUUGAGAGCGAUCUGGAGUGUAGGGAUUCACCCUGGGUGUUUUAAGAAGGGGAAGAAAGUUCGCCGACGACGACGACACCAACUGUCCGAAGCCAUCACUAUCCGAGGUUCGUCGACGGUAGCAGAAGAAAUGUGAUCGUGGGUACAUGCAGAGAUGAAAGUAUAGUUUACUGAAUGGUUAAAGUUUCAACUUCUCAGAAUAUUUGCUUUGUAGGGUUGUUGUCAUCUUACGGACUGACCUCAGGUUUUCUCCCCCGGGAGAGGAUAGGUGAAUUUGUCAGGAUUUAGUCAUAAUGUGUGGCCGAUCCCGGGAGCAGAGGCCGGAUUCGAUUGAAUCAUCAGAUAUGCCGAGGAGGAAUAGUUCCCCGCAGAACCGUGUGAUGUAUGACUUAUAAAUAGAUCGCCUGGUUGAGGGUGAGAGACCAGAAUUGUGGGAUUGAGCGAUUGAGCUCAAAAUGGCUGACAGGGUUGGGUUUGCUGGUGAUGAGAAUGAAGUUGAGAGAGGGGAGAUGACCAGUCCAACAAUGGGUGACGGGUCACUCCUUCGGUCAAAGGAUGAGUGGGGAUCUAUCAUUGACAUCCUUAAAAAUAUUGAGAAUACGACUCAGCCGGUUAAGCCAGUAUCAUUGCCCCCUGUGCCGGCCCCGGCCCCGCCGCCCCGGCUGGCACCUCUCUCGGAAAACAUCCAGUCGACUGAAAUGAUGUCGCCUGGCGACGGAAAGAGAGGGCAGGGGUUACAACAUUUGGAUCAUCUCGUACGCAUGAUGGAGCAGAUGUGCCAACUGCAGAAGCAGAACUCGCAGCUACGCGAACGCGCGGAGUACCUCGCCGCUAUAAAGGACCUUCAGGAGCUCCGCAAUGAGAGCCUUGUGCAGAACUGCAAGUGUGAAGCGCAGCGACGUUCGUCGGACAUCAGUCGUAUACCGGAUGAAACAUUCUCGGAGCCUGAGAGCACUGUCGGGGAUGAAAUGGAACCAAGACGGGAGCCGUCUCCGACGAGGGAAAAAAGACCCGGUCGAUCCAUCAAAAGGGAACCUAAGACCAAGAGUAUGAAAAAGAGGAGUAGAUCUUUAGAUCCAUACAGAAAGGACACUGCGGAGCCGCGUGAAAAAGAGGGCGAGAGAGAGCGCGGACGGCCUGGCAUUUUCUCAAAGUUUGAACGCAUGAAAGAGAAACUGACCACGAGGCGCGGCAGCGUGAAAAAACACAACACGAAUAAACGGACUGAGGAUAAUAAACAUGAUGAUGAUCUCAGAGCAGAGAGGCCUGAGGCGUUCUCCAACGAGCAUUUCAACCUUCAGAUGGACGGCACAGAGACCAAGUCAGAGGACAGCGGUAUCUACCACGUCGGUCUGGACGAAAUCGUCAACUUGCCACGCUUGCCGGCAGAAAUCCUUCCCAAGCUGCACGACGAUCUCUCUGAUAAUGAGGACGUCUUUGCAGCACAUCAACCGUCGUCGUGGACCCGAACGAACGAUUUUAGCAUGGAGACCCGUAAAGGCAGUGACUUUUCAACAGAAAGUUCAAGUGAGGAUUACUUAGAGGUCAAACCGAAGCGGGCAAAUGCCGCGCAUCACGAGGAACCGGUCAAAAUGCGCAGCCCCGAUCGUCAGAGACACCGGGAAGAUUCCAAAGAGAGGGACGCCAAGAGCAGCGAUGAGAAGGAGCAAGUCGUCCACCGCAAAAUGCGCGUGCGGCGCUCGGCUAGCCUCCAGGACAGUAUCUCGUUAAACAGUGAUGAUGACGAGUUUGAAACGGCCACCAAGGCGUCGUGGGAGAGCAAAGAAGCUCCCGCGAUCAUGCAGAGGAGUCGCUCGGAUAAGAUGCAACUUGAGAGGAGCCCCUCAAACGAUUUUGACCUCUCGGACAUCAGCCUGACGGGUCACGACUCUGCCAGUACGUCGAGUCUGGAGUCCAAAGCCGCCCACAAGAGGAAAUAUUUCAGGAAGAGUCACCAUAUUGAAGAGCCGACGUCACCCAUAGACCAAAGAUUCAAAACCGUAGCAUUUGAACUCAAAUCGCCAAAAGAAUCUCCACCAGAAAAGAAACGACAUAAAGUUGGAUGGGAGAAAGUCAAACAUGCAGUCACAAGAAAGCACAUCGGUGAGCUGGGCAAGACGAAAGGCACCGUCUCAAUGGACGAGAGCAUCCUACGAAGCUCUGAGGAACCCAGCUCACCUACAGACAGCUCCCCGCCCGAAGACUCUUACGGAAAGGUCAAAAGGUCGGAGGUCAGGAAGGUCGAACAGAAACGUGAAAAAGAGAGAGGCCAGCCCCCUCCAUACGAGGCCCAACAGAGCCCCCUGGCCAUCUAUGAAUCCCUUCAGGCAAACCUCUCUGAAGACUUUGCCAAGAAGAUGGAGAAAUGGGACAGGAAGAAGCAGAAACAAUGCAGUAGUACAGGCGUUUCUCCGUUGGAAAGAACCAAACAAUCGUCGCUUGACAGCUGCUCCUCCGAUGCGGGGACCCUCCCCACCAGCGAUCUAGAGGCUGAGCUCCAGAAGGGUCUAACCGAAGACUUCUACAAGAAACUAGCCGAGUGGGAUAAACUGAAACAUCACAAGGGGGUGGGGGCCAUCCCAACCAGCCCCAAGGGAGAGCCAAAACACAAACAGAAGAUCGCCAAGGACGGUAAAAAGACGGCCAAAUCUACAAAAAGUCUUACCAAGGACAAGGAACGUGACAAAAACAAGGUCAAAGACACCCCUCAGCAGAGAAGCAAAUCGCCCGAGUCAUCAGCCGCUAGAAAGGUCUCCCCGCCGCCAGACGCAAUCUACGCUACUGAGCAUAUCACCGUCUUCGCUAAGCAAGGCGGGAAACUCAAACUAGAAGGCGCUUCCAAGGAGUUCUCCAAGAAAUACAAAGAGUGGGAGAAGAAAGAGAAGAAGAAGAGGAGCUCUCCGGCCCUCCGCACCGAAGACAUCUCGUCUCCGUUGACGGAGCAAGCCGUGCCCCUACCUGGCUACUUCACGGACGGGACACCCCCAACGCCUUCAAGCCCCACAGCGAACGACCCCAGCGAAACCGAUAACCUGUACGUCAUCGCACAUGCCACGCCAGUCAUCGUUGAGCCCGAUUUUGAGCAUAAAGAAGUCCGACACGCCAGAUCCGGCGAUCCCAUAUUUAGAACUCAAUCCGCGCCUCCAGCGACAGUUUCCAAUUUCCCGGCGGUGUCGCAAGGAGAUCUUUGCGUUUCGCAGCAGACCGUCUUGGAAGAGGACCAUUUUAACACGGAGCCGGUGAAUUCUCAGAUUCCGAAGGAGAGGGUGGACAGACUCGAGAAGAGGAACUCGUUCUUGGCGGAGCAGCUCAAGAUGGACGAUGUCAACCUCCAGGCCGUCCAGGAAGAGAUCGUGAACGUGGAGGAGCAACUGGCCGAGAUCACCGGCGAACCAACUGACUUUACUCCGGUCCCAAUCACAGCAGCAGCAGAGGUGCAAACAGAGGAGACACAAUCAGCAGAUCAAGAAACUCCUUGUGAGAAGACUAGAUCUGACCCCACUGAAGCGCUUGAGAAGAGUCUACAGGAAAGAGAGGCUAUCAUUAAAUUAUUACAGGCAAGGCUUGAUAGACAAGCUCUGGAGAUAAACUACCUCAAGAAUGGAUCAGACGCUGCCAGUAUGUUUAGAAGAGCCAAGAGUUUCACCGCUAAGGAUAAGAAAACAUUCGAUCCACGCUCCAUGAAGCUCAUCGACAUCCUCCAGGAGAAGCCAGAAGGCUCGACAGACAACCUUCACUCUGAGAAUCAAUCAGAGUCGUCCAAGUCACUCAAGACAGAUAGCACCCCCUCACUUGAGACGCUUCACAUAUCAGCUGAAGAUAUACGAAUGGACACAGCGGUUGAGGAGAAGCUUGAGACGCAAGAAAACAAAGAAAAGAAGGAAGUCAAGAGUGGAGAGAUUAAACCUGCAGUUUCAACAGAAGUCGAAACUCCAGAGGUACCAGCGGCUGAAGCUGUCAAACAGCCUUCAGCUUCUUCAGAGGUUGAGACGAGAGCAUCUCUGAAAGAGUAUCCUGGUCUUUAUGGUCCGAUUGAAACAAAACCCAAGCGCCGUCGACCAAGGAGUAUAGAGCCACCUCUGUGCCCUCCUGAGGAGACCCAGACACAGGAGAGCCAUGCUGCUGUGGAUUCCCUUCUCGCCAAGAAGGAGGAAGACCAAACCAAAACGCAAGAGUCUCGCCCUGGCAGCUUGUCACCAAGAUCGCCUUUACUGAAGAAGUCGAGGGACUCGGCAGAGGGUGAAGCCAUGGUGCCCUUGUCGCCAACUUCAAAGAAAGUUAUGCCAAAGAUUGAGCUGGUGAAACUUGCCGAUGGGUUGAAGAGUCAGGCUGUUGAGCUGAGCCCUAGGACCAAACGAAAACAGGAUAUGGCUGGCGAGGAGGAUAAAGGUGUCAACAGGAAGUCUCCUAGAGGUGGUCAAGCAUCGCCAAGAGGAGCAAGGGAGUCACCCGAGAGUGUCUCAUCUGGGGAAAAUAAGGAAAAUAAACCAGCAGAAGGCAAAGAUGAGAAGCCUAGAAGGGAUGUGAAAGAACAUACAAGCCCUGUCAGGCAAGCCAAUCUAAGGAAGGAUGAUUCUCCUGAAAGAUCUACCCAUCGAAGCAGGAGGUCACAUGCAUCAAGAACCCUUUCCUCGGAAAUAUUACCUAUCGGAUCCUUGAGGUCAUCAAGUCGUGAGAAGGAGCCCAUGGCAAUACGUCUGGACAUGGAGAGGCGGACAUCUGUGGAAGAUCUUCGAGCAGCCAUCGAGAAGCGACAGCGCACUUUCUCCAGCGACACUGUUGAAAGUGAUCCAGAGCCACAAAACAAUACCAAGUUCACCUUUGAGACCCGGCGAACAGAAAGAAGGGAGUCGUCUGAUUCUCUUGUGAGCACUAAACAGACUCCUGAAAAGCGGGAACCUGUCCUGAUGCGCUCUCAGAAACCAGAAGAAAAGUCUGUGUCCACUUUGCGGCGCAAAUUCGUCAGCCAGGAUUACGGGAGUACACCUAAUGUGGCAGAUUUGAGCACAUUGACUGGCAGGAAGGGGAAAGAGCGGCCUCGUGAAGGAUGCGUGAAACAAAUGAGCCAGGCUUUCUCGCUGGUCUCUUUGAAUGACCAACCUGGAGACGUUAGGAGGAGCAGCAAGUCAUCCAGCGUCCGCUCCUCCCCACAGAGUCUUUCGCCAGCUUCCUCAAACAGUUCCAUUUCCAACAUUGUUGCAAAUCAGAUCAAACGUCUUCAGGAGAAAGCUAGUUCUUCUCCCGAGUCUCCAGAACGUCGACCUUCCAUCCAGUCACCCAGAGGUAUCAAGGACACAAGUCCAUCACUCUAUAGCAUUAAAGGUAGAUUGGAGCACCGACAGUCGCUUACAAAUGUCGCGGAUGUACGGGCAAAAUUUGACAAGAAAGGAGAGUCCCCUUCGAAUACAGAUAGUUCUCCAUCACCUUCAGCAACCAGUUCACCUGCUCAAGGCCGACGCACAAGGAAAGACAACAAUGCUAAGCCGACGCUUGUUUCGUCAGUAGCAGCGGCUCGCAUCAAGUACACUGUGUCUGUUAGCAACUCGGAAGAUAACUCAGCUCCAAAGAAAUCGGUUUCUAUGAGGGAAAAUGGAAAUGCAAAGACCCAACGGCUGGUUGCAGUUUUGGAAACGCCAAAAGCAGAGAAGACGAGAAAGUCAGACUCUAGUGUCACUACUUUUACUGUCAACCAAAGCCAAAAGCGCAGACAAAAUUCCAGCUCCACCAGACUCGAAGAGAACAACAACAACAGCAAUAAUAAUAAUAGAAACUACUCAGCAAGGGUAGACGUUCGCAGAAAGGGGUCUUGUACAAAAACGGCUGAAGUUUCCAGCAAAGCAACAGAGGAUAAACAGGGUAAAUUCGAUAAAGAUAAUGAUGACCGAGGGCCAUCUAGAAGGGGCUCAGUGACAAGAAGCGAUAAAAGAAGGAACUCUCUCUCAAAACAAAACGAUCUAUCAAGAGAUACCUCAAGGAGGGGUUCACUGACCAAAGGAAAAGAGUCUCCGAAAGAAGCUGCCAGGAAGAGAUCUGUCUCGAAGGAGUCGCAGAAAACGAGCUCCCGCCGGAGAUCCUUGUCAAAGAGCCAGGACUCCAUAAAUGAAGGCGCUAAGGGAAAGGUUGUUGCUAAAGGCACAGAACCAUCUAAGGAAACGCCGGCGCUUCGUGUUCCUGAAGCUGAGCCAGAGGAAGAUGAAAGAGGGAGGCGGAGAAGGAGACGGAGAGAGCGAAACAACCCCUCGCCGGAUCCUACAAAAGCCGCUGCAAAGAUUGAAGAGGCAAUACCCGAGGCUAAGGCUGAAGUAAAAGGAAAACCCGGAAGUAAAACAGAUGUAAAGGUGGAGGUCAAACCUAAAGUCAAAUCUGAUGUAAAACAGGAGAUUAAGAAAGAAUUUAAAGAUAAAGAAGGAAAUGUGGAGACUCAGAAAAUUAAUCAACAGAAGGUCAAACAGGAUGUCAAGCACACUAGUCCACCAAAAGUCAAACCAGAGCUUGGAAAAGAGACCAAGCAGAAGGUCAGUCACGUUGUCAAGUCGGAUGUCAAACAGCAGGUCAAACCAGAGGUUAAAGCUGAGGUCAAACCUGAGGUUAAAUCCGAGGUCAAACCAGAUAGAGUUCAAGAAAGAAAAAAUAGAAGAGAGGAGCGGGCGAGGAGACAGAAAGAAAGAGAAGAUGAAGCUGCUAGAGUUAAGGCAGAGAAAGAAAAGGAAGAAGCUGCCAGGGUCAAGGCGGAGAAAGAAAAGCAAGAAGCUGCUAGGGUCAAGGCGGAGAAAGAGAAGGAAGAAGCCAAGAAAACAGUAAGAGUUGAGCGGAAGGAAACACAGAAAGACGAAAGGAGAGAAAUGCGAAAGGAGAAGAUGGACCUGAAGAAGAGUACCACGGAGCAGACUCGACCUGGGACAGAGUCAUCUGGUUUCCAUGGAAUCCGUCGCAGACAUAGCAAGAGGGAAGAGCAGAAACCAUGGGAGGUUCCUUCAAAAGCAGCUCCAGCAGCUGUCUCGAAGACCGAAGAGGAAGAACCGAUGCCAGACCUCCUCGCCCAGGCACAGAAGAAGACGGCGGGCGAGGCUUCAACUGCCGAGGAUGUGAUUGGAGGACGAAGCCCCCGAGCAAUCUUAACCAACUCUGCUCUGAGAGGUGCAGAGGCCGUUAUAGGUCAUGCUCUUCCAAAGUCUCCAACGGACGAAGAGGAGGUGAAGGAAGAUCCUGCCGAUGAGAGACGCUCCAGGAAGGAUGCCACCCGCCGGAGCCGUGCCAUCAAUCGCGGAAGCCGCAUCUCUCGCCUGGACAUUUUCAAGCGAGCCCGCUCUGUCGACAGCUCCAAGGGAAGCAAGGAGCGCUCGCCUGAUCGGCUUGGAGGAGGUGGGGCAAGUAACAGGGCAUGUUCUGUGGACAGGUCAGGCAAGAAUCGGGACAAGUCGCCUGGCGGAGAAGAGACAAGGAAAGGUGGGAGCUGGUUAUCGAAGAGGACAGGGUCUAUCAGUAACUUCCUCAGACCUUCCAACAUCGAUGAUCAAGAUAUCUGGGAGGAAUUAGACGAGCGUUACCAAAUCCUCCAGAGUUGUAAGACUCGCCAACAACCAGCCGACGAGUACGAGGAUAAGUGGCAGCCCCGAGGAGUCCGAGAGUCCAACAUCUUCAGCUAACGACCUUGAAUUAACCAAUGACCCGACCUUGCAUGGCAUGAUGAUCUUGCGAUUUGAUGCCCCUCGCUUACAAGUUCUCCAAGAUGCCCUACCGCCACAUUUUACCUCUGUGAAUAACCUCCCUGCAAUAAAUAAUGGUACAAGUCGUCUCGAUGUUUAUACAAAGAUGCUCAUACUUCUCCAAGUUUAAUACUAUUUUGUAUCAUUACCUUUUCCUUCUCAAAUUUUUUCGAUGGACCAAUAGUGGAAGUUUUUUUGGUACAGGGCUUGGCCUAGGUCCAAUAUCAUGGCUCUGCCUGCCGUGGAAUUCUUUGCUUACAGUGCCUGCUAAGCGCUUAAAUAUGCAGGCUGUAAGCGCAGAGUUCCAUGGUAAGCAGAGCCAUGAAAUUGGGCUUAGAUGAUUGUUUUAAACUUUGAUUUAUUGAGUACACAAGAAAGGGAGUGAGAUGAUUGUUUAGUAACACUUGAGAAAACAAGAAAGUUUUCUUGAGCAUUCCUGCAUGGUGAUGAACCCUCAAUAACAAAAAAUUGUUAUUCUUGAUAAAAUUUGAACCAAUUUUUGUACCCUAUCUUUAAGCCAGGAAGACAGUUUGAAUUUUACUUUCAGAAAUGGGUCCAAUUUCAUUGCUUAAGAACUGAAAGUAGCUAAGCACAAAACAGUCUUGCUUACCAGAUUAAGGUCACUA